AUGGCUAGAAAUAGAACAACCUCCAAGAAAAAUGUUCAAAGUAAACGCUUAAUAGACAGAGUGGUUCCCAUGGACAAGAUUAAAAAAGUUGGCGUAGCGAAAAAAAAAACCGUAGAACACACUAAAGAAGGAUUUAGCGUUGUCAACGGUAAGCUAGUAAGCAGCAAUGACGUCGGUGUACUGUUAAGAGAAGCACAGGGUGCUAUCGAUAAAAGAACUAAUGUUUCCCAAAGAAAUAGGAAAAAGGGAAUAAAGAAUAAUAGGCCCCACAAAGACAUAAACAGCAGUCCUGACUGGGGCAAUGCCCACAGAGGAACCGAUUGGCAGAGCGAAAAAGCAAACGGCAUGAACAGGGCCAAGAACUCUCGGAAUUUUACCACUAAUAUUAAAUUGCAGCGACAACAUUUUGGCGAAGAAAUACAAGGUGGCAGCCAGCUUGUGAUAUCUACAAAUUCAGAUGCUUCAGAUAAAUUGUUAAUGCUAUUCAACCUAACUUUGGGAGUAAACCAAGAAAACUUGAAAAAUGUUCUGGAAAACAUUUCUCAGGUGCAGAUAGCUCAAAUUAGGGUUAGAGACCUGCCUUCAGGAUCUGCCACCGCUAAGGUCCGUCUGGCAUAUCCUACAACACAGUCUUUGGAGAAGGUAAGAAAACUGUUCCAUGGCGCUCUAGUUGAUGGAAGGCGCAUCCAAGUGGUGAUUGCAUCUGAUGAAUCGUCCCACUUGUCGUAUUAG